GUUCCCGCCUUCAUUUAGAAGCGGAGCAGAAACGGAAAAAAUAAAUACAGAAAAAAAAAAAAAAAGAAAAUAAAAGAAAUCACGCGCUCUGGUUGGGCGAGGGAUGCGCGCGCCACCCUGCUGCACGCGCCCACUCGUUACGCUCUUUAGCACAGAAUUAAUUUCUGCCAGGAAAACGCGCGCGCGCUGAUUCGGGUUUUUUUUGGGGGGGAUUGCGUGUGCGCGUGUGUGUGAGGGUCGCCACGGAAGAGUGCAGGAAACAUGAAGGACCGCACGCUCGAGCUGAGGCAUGGUAAGGACACCGAAGAGGAGGAGGAGGUGGCAGUGGGAAUGGAGAAAGGCUUCAUGGAUGAGUUCUUUGAACAGGUGGAAGAGAUCCGUGGCUACAUCGACUCUCUGGCUGAGAAAGUAGAGGAGGUAAAGCGGAAACACAGCGCCAUCCUUGCCGCACCAAAUCCAGACGAAAAAACGAAAGCAGAACUGGAGGAGCUGAUGACAGACAUCAAGAAGCUGGCUAACAAAGUGCGCUCCAAGUUAAAGAGUAUCCAGCAGACCAUCGAGCAGGAGGAAGGACAGAACAGGUCUUCAGCUGAUUUGAGGAUACGGAAGACACAACACUCCACUCUGUCACGUAAAUUUGUGGAGGUGAUGUCAGAGUACAACGCAACGCAAUCGAGUUACAGGGAGCGCUGCAAGGGCCGGAUCCAAAGACAGUUGGAGAUCACUGGAAGGAAUACAACAAAUGAGGAGCUAGAAAGCAUGCUGGAAAGUGACAACCCAGCUAUCUUCACUUCGGGGAUCAUCAUGGACUCCAACAUCACCCAGCAGGCCAUGAACGAGAUCGAAACCCGGCACAAUGAGAUCAUCAAGCUGGAGAACAGCAUCCGCGAGCUGCACGACAUGUUCAUGGACAUGGCCAUGCUGGUCGAGAGUCAGGGCGGACUUAUGAACAACAUUGAAUCAAAUGUACGUAAUGCUCAGGAAUAUGUGGAAAAGGCCAAAGAAGACACUAAGGCUGCAGUUAAAGUGCAAAAAACAAGCAAGGUGAAGUUGAUCCUGUUAGGCGUGUGUGGGGCAUUUUGUCUGCUCAUCCUCAUCAUCUCGCUCGCUGUUGGACUCAGCUAGCACACAAAGAAGCCUCAGUUUGAGCCAAGAUGAGUUUUCAGCGGAAUUGGAUAAAUAGUCUCUCUGACCAGUUUAAUUGCAAUUAGUGAGAAUGUUUCUAUAUGAUUUGGGGUCAAGAAGAAGAAUUUGAUGAUUUAAGAACUGAUAUAUUUAAUAUAUUGAGACACAAAAUAUUGAACCAAAAUGUAAAUUUUUUUUAUAGUAAACUACAGAUUAUUUAACAUGUUCAUAUCAUCACAAUAUGUUUUUAACGUAAUAUAGAUUUUUGUCUGCAGAAAAAUGCAACACUCUGUGAGCUCACAUACAGAUUGUUCCAACUACCUCACUUUUUUCUCUCACUCUUGUGUGUGUGUAGGGUGUGUGGCGUUAUGCCUGCUGUGUAUCUGCAUCACCACUGGCACUCGACUGUAUAAUGUGUGUUACAUGUUCCUUUCAGUCUAAUACUGUUUUUGACACGACCUCAUUGACUUCCCAUGAUGAUUAUGAUGUGUGUGUGUACUAUGUGAAUAAUUGAAUGAAUAGAGUACCACAAGGACAGGUCUCAGGGGAAAUGAUGAAGUGUACUGUGUAGUCAGUUUUCUUUCUUUCUUUUUUUUUUUUGUUUUGUUUAGUGAAUCGGGUUGCUUGCUAGUUUUUCAACUACAUGGGAUCAGCACAAAGUGAACUCUAAAACCCCAUGGCCUGUGAUCCUUUAAAUUGGUUACAGUAGUGAUAAUGAUUUUUAAACAGUUUUUAGCCUGUUUGAAGUGUCCCUUGAACUGAUUUGAAAUAGAUUACAUUCAAACCUCACAAGAAAUAUUUCACUGUAUUUAUUGGACACAUUUACAGUACAAGUCAAAAGUUUAGGUUUAUUUUCUACAUUUUAGAACAAUAGAAAUUUUUUUUUAAACUGGGAAAUAACACAUGUAAUUAAGUAUCAACAACAAGAGUUAAUUGUUAUUUUAGGACACGAUCAGCUGGUCAGCUGUCCAAAUGCUCUGGAACAGUUCUUGCAAGAACUGUAUUGUCAAGUGCCUUUGCUAAACCCAUCAAGGACCAUCAUGAAACUUAUAAAGACCUUCCCAGCCAAUCCAGACCAAAACUUACCUCUGCCUUAAAAUAUAAAGGAUUUAUAGAGCAUAAGUAGGAGAUACAUUUUAAUAUGUGAUCUGUGUCAGAAUGUUACAAAAUAAUAAAGGUUUGAGAAGCAGUGACAAUAAUGAGAGAAAACAAGAACAUUUGAACGAGGUUCUGCUAAUGCCAUGAUUGUUCCCUUCCGCCAUUUUACAUUUCAGUUUUGAGAUGCCAGGAUCAAAGAUGUUGAAUGACAAGACAAGUACGCUUAUGAUCUCAAAAUAGAGCAAUGUGCAUUUAUCGAGUUUAUACUACUUCCUAGCUAUGUCUCUGUCAGGUUCUCAAUGCGUAUAUCAAAUGGUCACCAAUUUUUUAUCACACACAUGAUCACAUGCUCACCAGGUCUGAUGAGAUCGAAACAAGUUUUACUAUGUCCAAUCAGAUCACAUGGCACUGUUACUGGUAAUUUAUCACACACUUACUACGUAGUGAUUGCGUCCGGGUGGUAUAUAUACCAUAAAAUGCGCAAAUCUUUUCACCAUGAAGUGACAGUGUGAGGAAUUGGAUUCGGUAUUGUACUAGACGAUUCCCUGACCAUAACAUAGACUCCUGCAUGGGCGCCAUAAACCUGGUAAGCACCAGGAGGAUGUAAUAUGAACUGAAUGUGAUCUUCUACAACAUAGCAACAAAAGUCCUACCAUGGUCAUAGCACAUGGAAGAGGACUUCGUGAGAACUCCAUUGAUGGAGCAACAAAGCAGUGGCAUUGCAAAACGCCAUCCAAUCUGUCCUGUCUGCGCCAAACCCCAGUUCCCAUUUGUACAAGCUCUUACUGCCAAUCAUCCAAUUUUUUUCCGGACGUAGUGGGAGCAUGGUUCAGUGCGACAUUUGAAGUGUCCCUUGAACUGAUUUGAAAUAGAUUACAUUUAAACCCCUAAAGCUCAAGAAAGACAAAGAACAAGAAAUAUUUCACGGUGUUUACUGGACACAUUUACAGUACCAGUCAAAAGUUUGGACACAAGUUUAGAUUUAUUUUUUAUCUAUUUUUUUUAUUAUUCAAAACUGAGAAAAAUCACAUAUGUAAUUGUGUAAUUAAGUAACAACAACAACAGUUAAUUGUUAUUUUAAGACACAAUAAGCUGGUCAGUUGUCUAGCUGUUCCUGGAGCGUUAGCAGACUCAGAAAUCCCCAAUUAACAAGCAGCACCUCAGAUUAGAGCCGUUA